AUGUUUGUUACAGGAGAACACCCUUUCCUUCCUGUGAAUCCAUUCGCUCAACCCAUUAUUCAUAGUACAACAACAUCACCUACGAGCAAUAAUUCACAUUAUCCUCAAGAUGAGGAUAUGGUCGAUAUUACAAAUGAUAUCACAAUUAAUAAACAUAACGGAACGUCAGAGACAAAUAAACCAAAUGGUCUAAUGUCUGGCGUUGAUAUUAUUAGCACCCAUUACGAUGAUUUUCAAACAAUUGAUUGGUUAAAAGAUUUGAUGCGCGAUCGCUUUCGUCAUCGUAUGUUAAGAUCAAAACGUCGUGAAUCAUUUUUAAGAAAAUUAUUGAUGUAUCAUGAUGCAUGGUCAGGAUGGCUUUGUGUACUCCUUGUUGGACUAUCAGCAGGUGUUAUUGCUGCUGUAAUUGAUAUUGGAACAAAUUGGAUCAUUCAUUUGAGAAAUGGAAUAUGUUUGAAUGCAUUUUGGUUAAAUCGUGAACAAUGUUGUUGGGCAUCGAAAAAAUUAAACUAUGACCGUUUUAAUACAGAAGAAUGCGGAGAAUGGUUUACAUGGCCUCAAGUAUUUGGUGAUUAUCGUACGGGUGCAUUUGAAUAUAUUUUAUCAUAUUUUAUGUUCAUAUUAUGGAGUGUGAUAUUUGCAACAUUUGCCGUUUUAUUAGUUAAAGUAUUUGCACCUUAUGCGUGUGGAAGUGGAAUACCUGAAAUCAAAACAAUAUUGGGUGGAUUUAUUAUACGUGGUUAUUUAGGAAAAUGGACUUUAUUAAUCAAAAGUAUUGGAAUGAUGUGUGCAACGUCGGCCGGUCUUAUUCUGGGCAAAGAAGGUCCAUUUGUGCAUAUAGCCUGUUGUUGUGGAAACAUAUUUUCUUAUUUAUUUCCUAAAUAUGGAAGAAAUGAGGCAAAAAAAAGAGAAAUUUUGUCAGCAGCAGCUGCCGCAGGUGUCUCAGUGGCUUUUGGAGCACCUAUAGGAGGUGUAUUAUUUAGUUUAGAAGAAAUUAGUUAUUAUUUUCCAUACAAGACUUUAUGGCGCUCUUUUUUCUGUGCAAUGGUUGGUGCUUUAGUCGUGAGAUCGAUUAAUCCUUAUGGAAAUGGUCAUGAUAUUCAGUUUUCAAUUGAUUAUAGUGUCCCAUGGGCAUCAUUUGAGUUGAUACCAUUUAUUCUUCUAGGAAUAUUAGGUGGUCUAUGGGGUGCCUUUUUCAUUAAAACAAACGUUUGGUGGUGUAGAUUUAGAAAAAAUACAAGAUUGGGACAAUAUACAAUUACUGAAGUAGUCUGUUUGGCCCUAGUAACAGCUAUUAUCUGUUAUCCAAAUCCUUAUACUCGUAUGUCAAUGCCAGAAUUAAUUAAAAGACUUGUGUCGCAAUGUAAAGUAGAAGAUUCUAUCGAUCUCUGCGAUUAUUCACGUGAACCAAUUAGUAGUGCCAAAAUUAAAGUGCCCGCGGCGCUUGCUGGCGAAGGUGUUCAUCGUGCAAUGUGGGAAUUAUUUUUUGCUUUAAUCGUUCAAAUCCUUCUCGUUACAUUUACCAUUGGUGUUAAAGUACCAGCUGGUCUCAUCAUUCCAUCCAUGUCUAUUGGAGCGAUUACUGGUCGAAUUAUUGGCGUUAUUACCGAACAACUGGCAUUACAAAAUCCAAAUUUUAUUUUAUUUAAACACGAGUGUAAUAAAGCCGAUGAAAAUUGUGUUACUCCAGGAUUAUACGCUAUUGUAGGCGCAUGUGCAUUCCUGGGCGGAGUUAGCAAAAUGACAGUAUCAUUGGUUGUUAUUAUGUUUGAGUUAACUGGUGGUUUAACGUAUAUCGUCCCAUUGAUGGCUGCCGCUAUGACGGCGAAGUGGAUCGGUGAUGGAUUUAUUCGUGGUGGAAUUUAUGAUGCACACAUAGAAUUAAAUGGUUACCCAUUUCUGGAUAAUAAAGAAGAAUUUAAUUUUACAACAACAGCUAAUGAUGUUAUGAGACCAAGACCAGAACAAUCGUCAUCGUUAGCUUAUUUAACUCAAAAUGGCAUGACAUUUUCUGAAGUUGAUUCUAUCUUGAAACAUACCACUCAUACAUCAUAUCCAGUUGUUGUUUCAAAAGAUCAACCUUAUAUUGUUGGUCAAAUACAAAGACGAGAUCUUCAAAUACUUCUAAAAUCACAAAAGACUCAACAUUUUAUUGCUUCAUCUUAUUAUAUUCAAUUUACCGCACCAUCAGAUUCAUCAACAUCUCCAAAUUUAGAUUCAGAUUUACAAGAUGAACAACGAUUAACCACAUCACAACCAGAAAUAAUUCGAGUGGGAAAUUUAUUAGAUCAAGCUCCAAUCAUAAUCACUGAUCAAACACCUAUGGAAACUGUUAUUGAUAUGUUUAGAAAAUUAGGUUUGAGACAAGCAUUUAUUACACACAAUGGUCGUUUACGUGGUAUAAUAACAAAGAAAGAUGUAUUACGUCAUAUGCAACAGAUGGCUAGUCACAGCCCAGAUGCGUUUUAUGAUACUUAA